UGCCAGUCGGGUCCAACUUUGCAGUUAAUGCACAACUAGGACUCCGGCGCCUCCCCGGGAGUGGACCCAGGCUCGGAGUUCCGGACGCUGGGACAGGCCGCCCGCCGACCGCGCCCGCCGCGCGCGGCUCCCCGCGGCCCCCGCAGGACCCGCCCUCCGCCCCGGGGACGCCCGAGCGGCCCCCCCCCGAGGCCGAUGCCCGCCCGGAAGCCCCGGCAGACCCGCGGCGCCCCGGGGGCCCUGCAGACCCUCCCGCCCGGCCCUGGGCCCCCGCGAGUGGAAGCCAGCGCUCCCUGCCGUCUGUGCCAGCCCCAGCCAGGGACGCACAGGGCAAGGCCCAAGAAGAUUGUAUUUGAGGAUGAGCUGCCCUCCCCCGUCCUUGGCACCAAGAAGUCUAUUGGAACCAUCCCUGGGAGGCGUAUGCCUAGGCCCCAGCCAGUGCCCGACUAUGAGCUUAAGUAUCCAGCAGUGAAUAGUGAGCGGGGCCGGCGCCGCUACGCAGCAGUGUUCCAGGACCAGUACCCAGAGUUCUUGGAGCUCCAGCAGGAGGUGGGCGCUGCACAGGCAAAGCUCCGGCAGCUGGAGGCCCUGCUCAGCUCACUGCCCCCGCCCCGGAGCCAGGUCAGCCACCGGGUGGAUCCCUGCCACGGCCUCCGGGCCUCCCACUGGCUCCAGAAGGAGGCACACGUCGCUGCCCGCAUCUGGAGGGAACUUGAGAAGAAGCAGAUGGACCCCAGCUUCCUGGACAAGCAGGCUCGCUGCCGCUACCUGAAGGGCAAGCUGAGGCACCUCAAAACGCAGAUCCGGAAGUUCGACGAGCAAGGAGACAGCGAGGGCUCUGUGUACUUCUGAGCGUCCUGGCACCCAGGCACAGGGACACGUCCCACUCUGCCCUGGCCUCUCGUCCCGCCUCAGGCCUCAGCCCUUGCUGUCCCCCCGCCUGAGUCCCGAUGCCUCGGCCUUUGAGGCUCAGCUUUGAGGGCCCCUCCUCCAGGAAGUCCUCCCAGGACCUUGUCUGGGACCCCCGGCCCUGACCCCAUGGGGACCCCAGGUUUCAGUCAGUCCCCUAAGUUAGGUCCUGCUUUCCAUCCCAGGGGAAUAAACGUUUAUUAAAUAUCUACUCCUGAUUUCA